GGAAGCCCACACUCAACAUGACUGGAGUUCAAUACUGUCCAGACCACGUGACUGCAACGUAGCAGUUUACAGUAUAGGUUACAGUAAGAGAUGUCACUUUUUGGUGGACGAUUAGCCUAAUUAUACUCCUACUUCAAAUCUCAACUCUGAGGAAUAUUGGCAGAGGAUUUUACCUGUCAGUAUUCUGCAUCGUAUUUAAUCUUUAUAAUUUGUACUAAGGUCGGUCUGUCUGCGUGGUAACUUUUCCUUAUUGCUGACAAUAUGUUUUGGUUCAUGGAGGGAAUAUGCUUUUUACCAACUUUUUUGGUCAUCUGGUCAUCCAGCACGUUUAUUGUUUCCUACCUAGUUGCAUUGUUCGAGCAUGAUGUGGAUGUUAUUUUCCCCUAUAUAAGGUAAGAUUAUGAUUAUUUAUCAGCAGCCUGAGCAUUUCUUUUUCCACGAACUUGCCGUUCUUCAUUAAACCGUGAUAAUAGCAUACACUUCUUAUUAUUUAAAUCAGUGUGGGUAAUGGAAAUAAUGUUUCUUUAUUUCCACUCUUCAAAACCGGCGAUAUUAACGGAAAUCAUAUCGCAUUCUUGCAACAAAAAUAAAUCAGUUUCGUUUUCCCCACCACAGUUGAACGCUGUACUUGGCUGCAGUUCCCAGCUGUGUAGUCUAGAGUGUAGGGGCCUGUGAACUACUUAAUGCACGGCGUGUGUCCUCAUUUGACAUUUAAACAGCUUUGUUUAUUGACCAGAUAGACAAUUAACACAUUAUGCAAACUCAACAUUAAAUAGGCAUAGAUAAUUAAUAAUGGUUGAACUAAUUAGCGCUCUAUUCAAACGAUGAAAGCCCUCUAUUCAGUAAUAUUUUCUGUAGAUAUAACUUAAUUAUUUGUUUGUCAUCAACUGGUAUGGUUUGAUAACUAAUUCAAUUGAAAUGCAAUUGUCUAUUUGGUUAAUCAAUGGUAUAUUGUUUUGAUGAGCAUUUUUGAUUUAAUUUAAUAACAAAUUAAAUCAUUUUCUGUUCUGUUAUAAUUGAAUGUGUAUAAUGAUUUUUAAUAUAAUGUAUUGUUGAAGUUAAAUCCAGAUUAUUUAAAAAGACUUCCAGACAUAGCUUUAAUACACACAUUAACCCUGAACUCUUCUUUCUUUAGUGACACUGGGGCUAAUCCUCCAGAGAGCUGUAUCUUUGGCUUGAUGACGGUCAUCACUGCAUUUGCAGGUGAGCACAGAAAGACACUAAAAUCAUGAAAGGGCUUUUUGUCUUAGCGUAAAGGGAUGGUUCACCCAAAUUAAAAUAUUACAUAUUGGUGUCCUUACCCUAUGAACCAUAUAUGACAGCAAUCCAUGCUUUGAUUUAGUUUACCUGGCACUGUUUCCACAUGCUAACGUCAUGGGACCUAUAUUAGCAUUUUUUCACGCAUCAUGUUCAAAUCAUCUAUAAGUGGCUUUGUUGAGCUUCACACUCAAUUGUAGAUACUUUUGGAUGAUUUGGACAUGAUGCGUGAAAAAUACUAAUAUUGGUCCCAUGACUUAAAUGGGAUUUGUGCCACAAAUGCUAAAACGUUAGCAUGUGGAAACGGUGCUAGGGAAACUAAACCAAAGCAUGAUUUGCUGUCCUACCUUGUCCAUAGACUGCUUACAGGGUAAGGAAACCAAUGUGUUAUUUUGUAAUUUGGGUGAACUAUCCUUUUAAGCAACUCCAUGGGUUUUCCCAGGUCAGAGACUGUGCCAAAAGCUUUUCACACUUCCCAUUUUUGACAAAAUGAGUAGAAAGAGUAGAAGGGUGGAUGCAUUGUAGAGUCAGGCGCAGGGGGUAAUCAGAUGCAGAGUUUAUCGUGUAACAAAUGCGCUGGAUAGCGACAUAGAAACAGGCACAGGGGAAAUUAAUACUAAUUUACAUUAGCAGACGUCUAUCCAGAGGACUACAGGGAAUAAUAUUUUUUUUAUGCCCCCGGGGAAUCAACCCCACCCUGGCUUGCAAACGAUGCAGAUAAUGGUAAUCCCUGCCGGCCAUUCCUCCUACCAGGACAACGCGGGACAAUGUGCGCGCCCAUGAGCUCCGUGCGGCGGCUGCGACAGAGCUGAACAGAUGGAUUACGAACAGGAUCCUAGUGGCACAGGUAGGCAAUGCAGUGCCUUAGACCUGCGCAUCAGGAAACCCUGGCAAUACAAGGUAACGGUAGCUCCAACAAUAACAGGCACAGGGAAAGAACAAGGUGCGAGUCGCUACACUACUCUCACAAAUAAACAAUUACCCACAAGGACAAGGAGGGCAGAGGGAACACUUAUACACAGACUAAUGAGGGGAUAAGAACCAGGUGUGUGUAAUUAACAAGACAAGACAAAUGGAAUGAUGAUAUAUGGAGUGGCAGUGGCUAGUAAGCCGGUGACGACGAACGCCGAAGCCUGCCGGAACAAGGAGGGGAGGCAGCCUCGGCGGAAGUCGUGACACAGGGCUGGGAUCAAUGGUAUGACAUUGCGUUUUACUGAAUAUUACGGUUCACUUCACUAUGUUUGUCUUUCUUUGUUCCCUCUGUUUUAAGGUGCAAAUAAAUAAAUAUUGCAGCAGGUGAGCGUGUAGUGUCGACAUGUGAAAAGUGUUAAUAAAAACGUUCACUCCAUGUGCCAUACCAAUUCCUCUACAGGUAUGGCCACCAUGUAUGCCAGAUACAAGUUUGUGGAGAAGCUCAAUGAGAAGGCAGGUGGUGUGCCCCCAGCACUGAACCAGGCCGCUUUCUGGAUUGGAAUGCUUUCUUGUUUGGGGAUGUGUUUUGUUGCUACUUUCCAGGUAGGUGCCCUCUGGGCACAGACGUCAGUUCAACAACUAGUUUUGAUUUACAUUUGGUUGAGUUGUCAACUAACGACGUGAAUUCAACGUGAAAUCAAUAAAAAAUGUCACAAUCCCACUGGGCACAGAUGUCAAUUCAAUGCCUACUCAACGUUGAUUCAACCAAUGUGUGCCCAGUAGGAUUUCAUUGGAUUGAAGAUAGAAGUAGGGUGAAAAAUAAAAUGAAAUUCCCUUACAUUGAAGACUUUUUAAAAAAUCCAAUCAGUUUUCCACGUUUAUUCAAUGUAAUCACAUUGAAUUUCUUUGUUAAAAUGAAAUGGAAACAACAUUGGUUCAACCCGUUUUGCCCAGUGGGUUGUCACCCCUUUAGUGAGAAGAUGAAGGGGUUUUGUACCUUUAAGUGACAGUAUGAUAUUCCAUACAUGAUCUCUCUGGUGUGUUCUUUUUCCCCAGGAGACAACGGUUACGUCAGUUCAUGAUGCAGGUGCAUUGCUCUUCUUCUUUUCUGGUGUGCUGUACACUAUCCUCCAGUCCAUCAUAUCCUAUAAGGCCUACCCCUAUGGAUGUUCCUUGGCCUUGUGUCAUACGCGCACCGGAAUUGCAACCAUCGCCUUCCUGGCAGUUUCCCCCAGUAUCCUUGAAAACAAUAGUAAUCCAUGGUGUCUAAAUUAUUUUAAUCAUUAAUGAUAAUUUUUUUAUCAAAGAAAAUAUCUCCUUCAUUUUCCAUCCAGCUGUUAUCUGUGCUGUCUUUGUGACACAAACCACACUGCAUAGAAAAACAGAAGACGAGGUACAGUAUGAGCACAUCUUUACAAGAACACAACUCACAUAA